GAAAGAUCCUAUUAUCACUAUAGUCGUUGAUUCAAAAUAUUUCACAGCGGCCAGUCAAUUCAAAGAGUUUCAAUAAUAUUAUUUUCUCCAAGAUGCUUAAGACCUUACGUUAUCGUGGUGGGUCAAACUUGCCUCGUGCUAGAUUGAUCAAUCAACUAAGAUCAUCAAACCUCAUCGCUCGUCGUUCAUUAGCAACUGGAACCGACAGCUUUUUACAAACUCAAAAUGCCACUUAUAUUGAUGAAAUGUAUGAUGCUUGGAAAAAAGAUCCAUCCUCAGUUCAUGUCUCAUGGAAUGCUUACUUCAAAAAUUUGGAUGGUAAUGUUCCUCCAGCUCAAGCUUUUAGUGCUCCUCCAACUUUAGUUCCAACCCCAGCUGGUGGUGUUGCUACUCACAUCCCAAGUAGUGGUGCUAAUGUCAAUGAUGAUGUUUUACUUCAUUUGAAAGUUCAAUUAUUAGUUAGAGCAUAUCAAGUCAGAGGUCACCAAAAAGCUCACAUUGACCCUCUAGGUAUAUCGUUUGCUGAUGAUAAAUCUGUUCCAACUCCAAAGGAAUUAACUUUAGAACAUUACGGUUUCACUGAUGCUGAUUUCAGUAGACCAAUUACUUUAGGUCCAGGUAUUUUACCAAGAUUUGCUAAAGAUGGUAGAACCUCUUUAACUUUGAAAGAAGUUAUUGAUACCUGUGAAAGAUUAUACUGUUCUACAAUUGGUAUUGAAUACAUUCAUAUCCCAUCAAGAGAAAAAUGUGACUGGUUGAGAGAAAGAAUCGAGAUUCCACAACCUUACAAAUAUACUGUUGAUCAAAAGAGACAAAUUUUGGAUCGUUUAGUCUGGGCUACUUCUUUCGAAACUUUCUUAUCCACAAAAUUCCCAAAUGAUAAAAGAUUUGGUUUAGAAGGUGCUGAAGCAGUUGUUCCAGGUGUUAAGUCUUUAAUUGAUCGUGCUGUUGAGUUAGGUGUUGAAGAUGUUGUCAUUGGUAUGCCACAUCGUGGUAGAUUAAACAUGUUGUCAAACGUUGUUAGAAAACCAAAUGAAUCAAUCUUUUCUGAAUUCACUGGUUCAGUCGAAGUUGAUGAAGGUUCUGGUGAUGUCAAAUACCACUUGGGUAUGAACUAUCAAAGACCAACCACUUCAGGUAAACGUGUUAAUUUAUCUUUAGUUGCUAAUCCAUCACAUUUAGAAGCCGAAGAUCCAGUUGUCUUGGGUAGAACCAGAGCUAUUCAACAUUACAAGAAUGAUGUCGGUACAUUUGAUAAAGCCAUUGGUGUUUUAUUCCAUGGUGAUGCCGCUUUUGCUGCUCAAGGUGUUGUUUAUGAAACUAUCGGUUUCACUGCAUUACCAGCUUACGCUACUGGUGGUACUGUCCAUGUUAUCGUGAAUAACCAAAUUGGUUUCACCACUGAUCCAAGAUUUGCUAGAUCAACUCCAUACCCAUCAGAUAUUGCCAAAGCUAUCAAUGCCCCAAUCUUCCAUGUCAAUGCAGAUGAUGUUGAAGGUCUUACCUUCAUUUUCAACUUAGCUGCUGAAUGGAGAGCUACCUUCCACACUGAUGUUAUCAUUGAUGUUGUUGGUUACAGAAAACAUGGUCAUAAUGAAACUGAUCAACCUUCUUUCACCCAACCAUUGAUGUACCAAAAGAUUGCUGAAAAGAAAUCGGUUAUUGAUGUUUAUACCAAGAAGUUGAUUGAUGAAGGCUCAUUCACUAAAGAAGAUAUUGAUGAACAUAAACAAUGGGUUUGGAAUAUUUUGGAGGAAUCUUUCACCAAAGCUAAGGAAUAUAAACCAACUUCAAGAGAAUGGUUAACUACUCCAUGGGAAGGUUUUAAAUCACCAAAAGAAUUAGCUACUGAAAUUUUACCACAUUUACCAACUGCUGUUGAAGAAAACACUUUAAAACAUAUUGGUGAAGUUAUUUCAAGCUGGCCAGAAGCAUUCGAAGUUCAUAGAAACUUGAAGAGAAUUUUGGGACAACGUAAGAAGGCUGUUGAAUCUGGUGAAGGUAUCGAUUGGGCUACUGGUGAAGCUUUAGCUUAUGGUUCUUUGGUUAAUGAAGGUUACCACGUUAGAGUUUCAGGUCAAGAUGUUGAAAGAGGUACUUUCUCACAACGUCAUGCUGUUUUACAUGAUCAAAAAUCAGAAAACACAUACACUCCAUUGAAACAUGUGAGUGAAAACCAAGCUGAUUUCAUCAUUUCCAACUCUUCUUUAUCAGAAUAUGGUGUAAUGGGUUUCGAAUAUGGUUAUUCUUUAACUUCCCCAGAUGCUUUCGUUCAAUGGGAAGCUCAAUUUGGUGAUUUUGCCAACACUGCACAAGUUAUUAUUGAUCAAUUCAUUGCUGCUGGUGAAUCUAAGUGGAAACAAAGAUCUGGUUUAGUUUUAACUUUACCACAUGGUUAUGAUGGUCAAGGUCCAGAACAUUCUUCAGGUAGAAUUGAAAGAUAUUUACAAUUAACUAAUGAAGACCCAAGAUAUUUCCCAUCAGAAGAAAAAUUGAACCGUCAACAUCAAGAUUGUAACUUCCAAGUUGCUUACCCAACUACACCAGCCAACUUAUUCCAUUUAUACAGAAGACAAAUGCAUCGUCAAUUCAGAAAACCAUUAGCUUUAUUCUUCUCAAAACAAUUGUUACGUCAUCCAUUAGCCAGAUCUCCAUUAGAUGAUUUCAGUAAGGACUCUCAUUUCCAAUGGAUUAUUGAAGAUGCUGAAAUUGGUAACAAGAUUGGUACUAAAGAAGAAAUUAAACGUGUUAUUUUAUCAGUCGGUCAAGUCUUUACUGCAUUAACUAAAAAACGUGAAACUUUAGAAGAUAAAUCUACUGCAUUUAUUAGAAUUGAACAAUUACAUCCAUUCCCAUUUGCUCAAGUUCGUGAUGCAUUGAACUCUUUCCCAAAUGUUGAAGAUAUCGUUUGGUGUCAAGAAGAACCUUUGAAUAUGGGUGGUUGGUCAUAUGCUCAACCAAGAUUACAAACUGUUUUGAAAGAAACCAUUCAUAACGAUAAGAUUGUCCGUUAUGCUGGUAGAGAUCCAUCAGCUUCUGUUGCUGCUGGUACUAAGAGCAUGCAUAUUGCUGAAGAAAACGCUUUCUUGGAAGAUGCUUUCGGUGCUUAAGCCCAAUUGAACUAGUUUGGAAAUCUUUAUUUUAUUUACACAUUUUUUUUAAUUGCUUAUUAUUAUUUGACUUUAUCUAAUAUCACGUCUAUUGUUUUAUGAAAUCAAAAGAAUUAUCAUUUUUCACUUUAUACAGCUUUUCAUUAUUUAUAUUCAGUACGCAAACAGGAAUAAAAAGUGAUACAUUUUAUGCUUCUUUGAAAUUUGUAAUUGUAGCUGAUAAUUGCUGAUUCGCGCUCAAAAAAAAAAUCGAAAAGCACAGUACUUUAGGAACCCAAUCCCUUCAGUUUAACCAU